GAAGCCAACAGUCCGAUUGUUGGCAAGAGCAGACAGUCGGAAGAAGAUGGCCGUUCUCAGCACAAGAGCUCCAUAUUUGAGAGAGGUGAAGAAAAUUCUGUAGAAGACGAGAAAAAGUUGAGGAAACUUAAGUUAGCGCAGAGGACAACAGAGAGGUUUAAAGACGUCUUAGGGGAGGGGCCGGCCUGAAGCCUCAGGGGCGGGGGCGUCGUGGCGUGCAGCAGUGCGCAUGCGCACCACUCGGGCGGUUAGAUUUGAAUGCUUCUCAGAGACUGGCCGGACGUUGUGAAGUGACGUCCCCUUCCGAAGGAGCGCGCGGACCCCAAACAAGUGGAGCAGGCGGACUGUGGCGGAAAAAAGUUGUCAAAAAUGGAUGGGAUGUCUUCAGAGGCUAAUGAAGAGAAUGACAAUAUUCAGAAGCCUGUUAGAAGACGGCAUUCCUCAAUUUUGAAACCCCCAAGGAGUCCUCUUCAGGACCUCAAAUGUGGAAAUGAGACAGUUCAGGAAUCUAAUGCUCCAAGAACUAGAAAAAGCUCUCGCCGAGUCAGCUUUGCAGAUACUAUAAAAGUAUUCCAGACGGAGUCUCAUAUGAAAACAGAGAGAAAUUCAGAAAUUGCAGAGACAGAAUCCAGAAAAAAUGUGCUGACUCUACAGAAUAAGAAUUCAGAUGAUAAUUUUUGUGCAAUUACUGGUAUGAACACAUUGCUUUGUGCUCCUAUUCAGACCCAGAUACAACAAAAAGAGUUUUCAGUUGUAGACUACAACCAUGAAAGGAAACAUGCAAAUGACCAGACAGUCAUUUUUUCAGAUGAAAACCAAAUGGACCUGACAGCAAGUCACACUGUGAUGAUUACCGAAGGCCUUUCAGAUUGUACCAAAAGUGAAAAUUCCACGAAGAUAGAUACUGCAUCCUUUCUGGAGAAUUUAAAGCGUCAUGCUGAGAAUUCAAGAAUUAAAAAGGAAUUAGAAUGCCCCACAAUUUCCAUAGGUCAAAAUACUUUCUCAGAAAAGAUAAAUUCUGACAACUUCAUAAAAAGAUUGAAAACAGGAAAAUACAGUACUUCUCUUGAUAAGGAAAAUUCUGAGAUACCUAUUCACUCCAAAGAAUCAAACAGUGCUUCUUCUACACAUCAGAUGCAUGUAUCUCUUAAUGUAGAUGAAAAUAGUAGUAAUAGGACACGAAUCUUUAGAGAACAAGAUGAUGGGAUGAAUUUGACCGAGUGUCAUACAGCCUGUAUUCAGACUUGGAUUCCUCCAUCCAGGGAGAACAACUUAGGAGGAUCUAAGGAUGAAACUAAAAUUUAUAGCAAUGAGUGUAUGGAGUUGACAGCUAACUAUACAAUGCAGGUUUUGCCAUCAGAAAAUAAUUUAUCUGAAAGAGAAACUGAAACUCAGAAUGUCGUAAUGAAUGUUACAACAGCUGAUGAAACUAAAGCUCCAGAGAAGAAAACAGUCCUUAAGGAUAAGCUAAAUGCUGCUUUUCAAGACUCCUUUCCAAACCUUGAAAAUAAAGUUCAUGUUACCAAAAGCCAGAGUAUGGAGUCAGAAACUCAUACAGCCAUACAGACUUCUAAUCAAGGUGCCAGCACAUUGGCUAGAACUCCAGAAUCUAUCUGUUCUAGUCCAGCUAUUCAAGGUUAUAAGACAAUUUUUUAUUCUAGUAGCAAUGAUGCAAUGGAACUGACUAAGUGUCUAUCAAGUAUGAGAGAGGAAAAAAAUUUGCUGAAGCCUGAUGGUAAUUAUUCUAAAGUGUGUAGCAGUCCAGAUGCUGGCCCACUCAUAGAGAAAACUAUUUAUUCAGAAGAGGAUAACAUGGACAUUACCAAGAGCCACACAGUUGUAAUAGAUAAUGAGAUAUUCAAACAAGAUCAAGAAAACAUUAAAAAAGAAAUUAUACCAGUAUUUAAAAAAGAAAUGAUGCUCCAAAAUCAUACAACUGUGUCAGAAGAAGAGAAAAUGAAUGUAAAUUAUAUUACAGUUCCUCAAGUAUCUAAGGAAAGAUUACAACAAAGUCUGACAAAUCCUUUAUCUGUGUCAUUGCCUGACAGGGUUGAACUCUUAGCAGGUGAAGAUAUGGAAUUGACUGAAAGUCAUACAAAUAAGUUAAGAAGUCAAGUUAUUCCUACAACUUUUGACUUAGUCUCAAAGAAUGUCACUAAAUCUUACUCUCACAGCAAAAGCCCUUCAGAUGAAUGGGGAAAAAUGACCAAAAGUCUUACCCAACCAUUCCAACAAACAAGCAUUAUAUCCAAAAAUAUCCUAACUGACAUCCAAAGAAAAGAAAAACAUCCAAUUUUGAAGAUUUCAUCUUGUCUUAAUAAAAUGUCUCCUCUGUCAGUUGACUAUAAUCAGGAUAUAACAACAAACCAUAAUAUAUCCUCCUCUGGUCCAGUUCAGGAUAUACAAGUAGCACUAGAACAUGCAUUACAGGACCAAAAUUCUAAACUUAUUGAGCCACAGAGGAAAAACUUAGGUGAUCCCACACCUGACUGUUUUCAUGAUAAGAUGAUAAUUUCUUCAGAGGAGGAACAAACUAUGGAUCUAACCAAGAGCCACACUAUUGUAAUUGGAUUUGGUCCCUCCGAAGUACAAGAACAAAGGAAGACUGAUUUAGAGCACAGAAACAGCCAGCUCACUACAGUAAACAGACAAAUAGAUGUGAGCAUUCCUAUAGAAAAAACUAGAGUAGUAACAACUAAUGUUAAGGACAUGUUAAAGGACAGAAGUAUACAGAAAUCUGAAUUUUUGAAAGAAAAGCAAAAUGUUGAAAUUUGUGGAAGAAAAAGUGCUGGUGGACUAAAAAUUGAUAAAACUAUUUUAUUUUCAGAGGGUAAUGAGAAUGAUAUGGAUAUUACCAGGAGUUAUACGGUCAAAAUAAACCAUAGAUCUUUAUUAGAGAAACAUGAGUCUCAUUUAGUACCUAUGGCAGGAACUUCUAAAACCAUUUUGUAUGCAUGUGGACAGGAUGAAAUGGAAAUCACUAGAAGUCACACAACUGCUUUAGAAUGUAAAAUUAUUUCACCAGCUGAAGUAACUCCUAGUCACCUGGAUAAGACUGUGAUGUCUAUAGAAGGUCACGAGGAACUAGAGAUGACAAAGUCCCAUACUGUUUUCAUUGACUAUCAAGCAGAGGCGAAAGGUGUGCUUCCAGACAGAACUGACUUUGAAUUAUCCAAGAAAGAAUGCCUACAAAAGCCAAAAGGGAUGUCUACUCUUGCUGAAGAGGUUGUUUCCAUUUCAAAAAAUAGUGAAAACAACCAUCCAGCAGCGAAAGGUAGCCAGCUAACAGUAGUGGAGGAAGGGUCUAAUAGUGGGUCUAGAGAAGACACUGAUGAUGACCCUGAGACAUCUAAAUUGGCCGCUUGGAAAAAUGCCAAAGAUGUACAAAAACCUGGAUUUCAAAAUGAGCUUCUGUCAGGCAAAACUCAGAGAAGAAAAAGCCUUAGGCUCACAAAUAAGACCAUUACGUUUCCAGAGAAUGAUAAAAAUAAUAGAGAUACCACUCAGAGUUCUGUGAUGGGAAUAAAUAAUGAAAUUAGCCUGGAAGAGGGACAGGACUUGAGUUUUGUGCCAUUGGCAGAAACUUCUAAACCAGUUUUGUCUACACACAGGCCAGAGGACAUGGAGAUCUCUAGAAGUCAAAUCACUGCUUCAGAACAUAAAACUGACCCAGCAGAUGAAAUAACUACUAUACCUAUGGAUAAAACUGUAAUGUUUGUAGAUAAUCUUGGUGAUCUGGAUGUCACCAAGUCCCAUACUGUUUUCAUUGAUUGUCAAGCCAAAGAGAAAGUACUUCAUGAGUAUACUAAAUUGGGAAUGGCAAGAACAAAAAAUUUGAAUGGUCCUGAAGGUGAUACCUGUAUUCUAGAAGCAUCAGACUCUAUAGUUUCAUCUAAUGUUUCAUGUUUUAGUAGUGUCAAACCAAGUCUGAGUAAUUUGAAUAGAAAAACUGAGGAGGUUUUAGGCUUUCAGACUGUUCAUGUAUUACCUCCUGCAGAACAGUUACUUGAAGUAGGAAUUCAGGCACAUAAUAACAUGAGUACAGUGCAGGCUACAGGAAUAUAUAGUCUAGGUUCCAGUGGUGGUGGAGAUGAUGAAAGUAAAAAUCUUCAUAAUGGAGCUGAAACUACCUCUGUACCACUAAAGGCAGUUGUCAAAGACAAAACAAGAAGAUGUUCAUUGGGCAUCUUUUUGCCCAAAUUACCAAACAAGAGAAAUUGUAGUAUCACUGGUGUUGAUGACCUGGAGCAGAUUCCAGCAGAUGCAACUGACUUAAAUCACUUAGAAACUCAGCCAGUCUCUAGUAAAGAUUCAGGCAUUGGAUCUGUUGCAGCCAGACUGAACUUGAGUCCAUCUCAGUAUAUAAAUGAGGAAAAUCUCCCUAUAUAUCCCGGUGAGAUUCUUUCCUCAGACUCUAUUAGCCUAGACAUUGAAGAAAAGGCUCUGACUGACACAUGCUAUAAAGAGAUUUUACCAUCUGAAAACAAAAUAGAAAUCUGCAGUGCCCAAAAAAGAACCUGGGUACAAGAAGAUGAUAAUGUUACAAAUGAGAAAAAAAUCAGAACACAUGAUAGUACACAAGAUCAGGAGAUUUUUGAUCAUCAUACUGAAGAGGAUAUCAAUAAAAAUGUCAACAGUGUAUUGAUAAAAAGCCUGAGCAGGACCCCAUCUAGUUGCAGCAGUGAUCAGGAUUCAAUCAAGGCUGAUGGAAUCUCUCCAGACCUCAGCACACAAUGCAAUAGCCAAAUGGAAUCACAGUUUCUCGGUGACAGUAUCUCUGAAGAGAGUUUGAGGGAGAAACUCAAGGAUGGACAAAUCACAAUAAAGGAGUUCUUCAUACUUCUUCAGGUCCACAUCUUAAUACAGAAACCCAGGCAGAGCAAUCUUCCAGCCAAAUUUACUAUAAACACGUCACCUACCCCAGAGGAUCUGAUGUUGAGACAGUAUGUUUAUGGACCUAAGAUACAGAUUUAUAGAGAAGAUUGUGAGCAUCUUCGCCAAAAGAUUGAAGAAUUAAAGGUAUCUGCAUUGAACCAAGAUAAACUACUGACUGAUGUAAAUAGGAACUUGUGGGAGAAAAUGAAAGACUACUCUGAUGAAGAGCUGAAGACCUAUGGGAUUUAUCUGAACAGAAUAAAAUCACGUUAUACCAAGAUGACGAAAGUCUUCACUCACCAAGGAAAAGUGGCUCUGUAUAACAAAUUGGUGCAUUCAGCUGAGAAUGAGAAGAAGAAACUUGAGAUAAAAAUAAAUGAGAUGGACAACAUACUUAAGAAGAUCAAUAACUGUCUCACUGAAGUAGAAAGAGAAACUAGGAUUUUGGAGAAUGAAGAAAAAGAUGACCCUAUGGAAGAAUGGGAUUCUGAAAUGAAAGAUGCAGAGAAAGAACUGGAACAGCUGAAAAUUGAAGAGGAGGAGCUCGAAAGACAGUUCUUAGAAGUAGAGAAACAGAAAACGCAGACCCUUGCUCAGAUACAGUUUAUAAAAGAACAAACAAAUAAAACUGAAGAAUUACUGGAUCAACUGAGUUUGUCUGAGUGGGAUGUCAUUGAGUGGAGUGAUGAUCAAGCUGUAUUUACCUUUGUUUAUGACACAAUAGAACUUACCAUCACCUUUGGAGAACCAGUAGUUGGUCUCCCUUUCUUGGACAAGGCUUACAGGAAGAUUAAUGAGCUCAAUUUUCAGUCUCUGUUAGAUGAAGAUAAAGCUCCUCCUUCCUCCCUUUUAGUUCAUAAGCUUAUUUUUCAGUACAUUGAGGAACAAGAGUCCUGGAAGAAGAAAUGUACAACCCAACAUCAGGUACCCCAGAUGCUUCAGGAACUCUCACUGGUAGUGAACCAUUGCAGACUUCUUGGAGAGGAGAUUGAAUUUUUAAAGAGAUGGGGGCCAAAUUAUAGCCUAAUGGAUAUAAAUGUGAAUAAUACUGAAUUGAGGCUUUUAUUCUCCAGUUCUGCAGCAUUUACAAAAUUUGAGAUAACUUUGUCUCUCUCAGCACAUUAUCCCUUGGUCCCACUAGUAUUCACCAUUCAAAAUCACCUUGGGAACACUGACCAUGAUGAAAUUGCUGCAAUUAUAUCCAAAGUGCCUUUAGAGGACAACUGCCUGAAGAAUAUAGUCAAGCAAAUUUACCAAGAUCUACUUAAGGACUGAAACUUUUACCAUAAGAUCCACACAUCACAACUAUAACAACUAAGGAAAAAAAUGUGUUUACCCAAGCAUAGAGGUGCCCUCUUGUAAACACAGGACUCGGGUGAGAUAAGAUCACAAGGUCAAGACCAUCCUGGGCUGCCUAUGAGACCUGGUCAUAAAACAGACAAACAGAAAAAAUACUUAAAUGAUACAUCAGGGUCACCAUUGCUGUUUAUCCUUUGCCUUAACAUCAUAGAAAACUAGCAAAAUGCCUCCUGAUGACAUCAUAGUUAAUUUGUUUAAUUAGUUUUAAAAUACCUAGUCAAAAAUGGUGAGGUCUCAAAUAGCAUGUAUCAACUUGCUUAUCCUUAUCCUCAAGGGUAAGUGAUUGGACAUGUGGGAAAUUUGUCCUAAUGUAACUCAUUAAUGGAGCACUUACCUUGUGUGCAUGAAGCCCUAAGGUUAAUACCACAAAAUCAAUUCUUUUUAAAAGUGGUACUCUUUCCCUUACUAUAAGCUCUGAGUAACUUUUCAGAGGAGGUAGGACUAUUGACACAAAGAUAGACCAUUUUCUCCUAUUUACAUCUUGUGUCUUUAUGGCUUUUCCUAGCAGAUAUGUCUAGAGUAGAAACAUGUCUGUCAGCCUGUGGUACAGAAGACUGUAACAGGAGGAUGGCUUGAUCUCAUGACUUCAAGACCAGUAUGGUCAAUAGAGUGAGAUUUAUCUCACUAAAACAAAAGAAUGUCUCUGUCCACAAACUACUCAUCCUCUUUCUCCAUUUCAGAAAUGCUAUUAAAAGAAAGCAGAAGCACUCAAAUAUCGGAGUGGUUGCCAUCUUUUCUUAAGAGUCUUGGUAUUUUUUUCUACAGUGCCUACUAAUGUUGUCUUAAGUGUACUCUUUCUAGGAAAAAUUCAUUCAUUUUGAAAUAUUAUGUAAAUAUUUGAAUGUUUUUGUUUUUGUGAUAUAAGAUACGUAGUAAAGAGAUAAUAUGCCUUCA